CUGACGGUGGAAUCAAUGAUUGUCAAGAUGUGUCGUUUUCGGACCUCUGCGCCACAUCUCCUGAUGUUCAAAUACUACCAGCUGCAUUACAUGUAGACAGAUCUUUAGGAAAGAAAGUGGAGAAAGCUGAGUCCAUUCAUAUCAAAAGAAGAACAGAUAAAUCAUCUAAUUUGACGUCACGUCGUAAGAUGGACAAACGUAAGAAGAGGAGGUCUCAAAGUCGAGACAAACAGUUGUUACAACUUGCUCACCAGAGGGCAACAAAGAAACGAAAGAAGUUAGCUGACAGUGUUGACAAAGCCACUGACGUGCAACAUUCUCGACGAAUGAAUUCUAAAUCAGAGCCAGAGAACUUCAGUAUACGUGCAGGGAAGGAAGACGUGAAACCGAGUAAAAAGGAUUUGAAUAUCUCUAGGAAUGAAACCAGUGAUCACCAUUUGUCCGAUUCAGACGAUGUAGUAGAGAUCAUUACCCUGCCCUCCACAGCUCAAACCACCAGACGAAAACCUAAAAAAGAGUUUACAACACAGAACCAACGUCUAGACAGUAAACAAGAGAAAGGAAUGAAGAAGGAAAGAUUGUUGAAAAGAAGCAAAGAGAAGGUUGACAACAAAAGAAAGCCAAAAGAAGUCGAACGAAAACCCAAGGAUGAACAAACUCAGAAGAAACUAUCUACUUUGCAAGAAACUGCCAGGAAGUCUGCCUUUGGUGUGAUAAAACAUGCAAACUCUGGUGGGACGUCAGCUGAAGGCUCUAGUGCUAGUGGUGCAGAAUCAAGUACCAAUGAGUCUGAGGUAUCUGAUGAGUCUUCUUGGAAUUCUGAUUCUGAUAUCAAACAACGCUUGUUUUCUAACGACCAGAAAAAAGCUUUCAAAAUCGCAUCACGAACGCGCAAUAAAAUUGGUGGUGAUGAAAACCACUUUGAGUCCCUGCAAGUGUCAGACAGAGAACUAGUGAACAGCAUGCUCAGACGCAAACAUAGCAGUAAACUGAAAAAGAAAAGUAAGUUGAGCGAGCGUUCAGUUGCAAUAGUUAGUUCUGGGUCAGGUGAGGAAGACAACACCAACCAAAAGACUGACAUAUCCCCAGAUUCUGAUGAAACGAAUUCAAAGGAAAGAAAGCAUGCGACUACGCAGAAAAAGAGACGUGGUAUCUCGACAUCUGAUGAUGACGAUGUUGAUGAUGAUGAUGACAAUAAUUUGAACAGUUCCGAGUCAGAUUCAAGCGAGGAUGACAACCUUCCUUCAGUGUUGAAUGAUAGCAGUCUUGACGAAGCUGAUAAGAGGCCAAGGACGAAGGGAAUGAAACGGAAAGCAUGUCUUACUUCAGAUUCAGAUUCAAAGUCCUCUUCUGAUGAGUCAGAAGACGCUGACGCGUCUGACUCGCAACCCACUAUGAAGAAGAAGAAAAAGAAAAGGAAACUCGCUCUCUCUCUGUCAGAUGACAGCGAAGAUCUUGGGGAUGAUGACUCUCCUUCUAAACGCACAGGGCGACGAAAUCUACGCAAAAUCAUGGGCGACGAGAAAUUGUCUAAAGAAACAAAGGCCGCACAGGUAGAAGAGAAGAGGCGGUUAGAGAGAUUGAGGAAACGGUCGUUGAACCUUGCAGAGUGGACACCGACGAAAGCCCACGAGAAGGAGAAACACCUUGUUCUCGAGACCGUUGCGGGUGAUAGCACUCAGCCGCUGGUCGAGGUCAGUGACUAUCUGGUGCCACGUUUGAAGGAGCAUCAAGUGCAGGGCAUUCGCUUUAUGUGGGACUGUGUGUUUGAGUCUGUGGAUGAGGCGUGUAAGACGGACGGUGGAUCUGGUUGCAUCCUUGCUCACUGUAUGGGUCUUGGAAAGACACUUCAGGUCGUUGCCCUCAUCGACAUUAUAAUGAGAAAUCGGGACCUCUUCGACCUGUCAAGGAUCCUCGUUAUGGCACCAAAGAACGCUCUCAACGUGUGGAUCAAUGAACUGAAAUCUUGGCUACCCGAAGAAGAACUACCCGAGAUUUGGCAUCUGCAUGGCGUCACCAGCAACCAGACUCGCCUCGAAAUAGUGAGCGACUGGCACUUGGGUGGCGGCGUCCUCAUCGUCGGAUACGAGAUGUACCGCAACCUGUCGCAAGCGCAACGCAUACGGAAGAAGGACUGGCGAGACGAGUUCAAGCGAGUUCUCCAGGAUCCGGGACCGGACGUGGUCGUAUGCGACGAGGGUCACGUGUUAAGAAACUGGGAUUCGGCGCUGUCGAAGGCCGUCAACAGGAUACGGACGAAACGCAGGAUUGUUUUGACUGGCACGCCACUGCAGAACAAUCUCAACGAAUAUUAUACGAUGGUCAGCUUUGUCAAGCCGAAUCUGCUUGGAACGCAUCGCGAGUUUACCAAUCGAUUUGCGAAUCCGAUCUCGAACGGUCAGCACUCGGAUUCGACCGCUACCGACGUGCGAAUCAUGAAGCAUCGAGCGCACGUGCUGCACGAGAUUCUUACUUCUGUCGUGCAGCGAAAGGAUUUUUCUGUACUGCUGCCCUAUCUUCCAGCAAAGUACGAGUACGUUAUCUUUGUGCGUCUCAACGAUCUCCAGAUCAAACUCUACCGUCGGUAUCUCGAGAAAUGCGUCGACAGCGGCGCACGUCUCGGCCAGCGCGGAGUCAUGGGCGUGUUCGAGUCGUACCAUCAACUGAUGCGCGUCUGGUCGCAUCCGUUUCUACUCAAGAUGAAAGAGGAGGAGUUACUCGACAGACUGGAGAAGAACGAGCUACGACAAUUUAUUGCGACCGACGACGACGAUACGUCCGAGUCAGAACCAGAGACGGAGAAGAAGAGGGAGGAAGUGAAAGGAGGUAUGGACAGUGGUGACGAAGAGGUAGUGAACGCCGGCGCCAAAGGUCCAACAACACGCAGCGAGGGAUCUCCUGUCGCGAACGUUGCUGACAGCUGGUUCGAAGGUCUCGUCACGGAUGACCUUGAGACGGAUAUAGAAUUGAGUUCUAAGUUCUAUAUCUUGAUGGAGAUCGUCCGGUCUGCUGAAGCGGUUGGUGACAAGGUGCUGGUGUUCAGUCAGAGUCUGCUGACGUUGAAUCUGCUCGAAAGUUUUAUACAAGAGGAAGAAUUCGGAGGCUUCUGUUUGGGUAUUGACUAUUAUCGACUUGAUGGGUCGUCGUCCGCUGACAGCCGACAAGCCUGGGCUGAUAAUUUCAACAGUAAAAAGAAGAAGAGGUUGCGGCUGUUUCUCAUUUCGACUCGAGCCGGUUCUCUGGGGGUCACCCUCACAGGAGCUAAUCGUGUCGUAAUAAUGGAUGCGGCGUGGAAUCCGACACUGGACACGCAGUCGCUAUUCCGAGUGUUUCGCUUUGGUCAGGAAAAGCCUGUCUAUGUCUACAGGCUAAUAGCACAGGGAACAAUGGAAGAACGUGUCUACGACCGACAGGUUACGAAGCAAUCGCUCUCCCACCGAGUUGUCGACGAGCGUCAAAUCGAGCGCCACUUCACGCUCAGCGAUUUGCUCGAGCUCUACAAGUUCGACCCGGACGUACUGACCGACGACAGUAAGCCGCCCAGUGAUCAGAAAGACCCACAGGAUCCCCUCUUGAGCUACCUACUAGAGCGCUUCCAGCCUCGCUGGAUAAUCCGCUACCACGAACACUCGACACUAUUAGAAGACCAAGUAAACGAACGUUUGACCGACGAAGAAAAGAAGGUCGCGUGGGAACAAUACGAGUUGGAGAAGAACAGACCGCGUGGCGAAGUCAACGUUCCUGGAAGCGUCCAGCCGCUUUACACAACCGCUGCCGGUCUGGCUGAGAUACAGAGAGAGAACGAAAGAAGACUACAGUAUGAGAGAAUCGCUGCUGCGAGGAAUCAUAGCAUUCAGCAGCUCCAAAUAAGACCCAUGUAUCAGGUACCUGGGGUACAGGAGCAAGCGGAAACUCAACUGCUACUACAACAGAGACACAAUCCCGUGCCAUUCGCUGCGUCAAUGGUUAGAUUCAUGCAGUACCAGCCGCAACUGUAUGAUACACUGGUUAGGCAGUACCCUCAGUUUGCCGUGACGUCAGCGUCGCUCGCUAGUGCGCAGGCGCACGGUCUUCAGGUGGGCGGUACGCAACCGCAGUACGCUAACGUUGGACGAGCUGAUGGUAUUCACGUUUGGCAACAGCAGCCGCAAGCUACUGGCACUACUUCGACGUCUGUUGUAGUUCAGAAGCCGCAGUAGCGUCCGUGUCGUUAUUACUAGAGUGAAGAAAUCUGCACUACGUUGGACUCGAUAAUAAUUAUUGUAAAAACUUAUUUGUUGAAUUAAGGCUUGAAUUGUGUAAGUUGUUCAAAGUGCGUGUGCACCCUACAGACACUGCAUUUUCGAUUUAUAAAUUUAAUUAAAACUAAACAUUGAUAUCAACCCAGCUUAACGCAAACAGGAAGAA